UCGUUUUCAAUAGUUUGUCGUUCGUUGUCUGGUGCAGUUCAUUUUUUGCCUGGACAAUCGCGAUUGCAGUGCGUGGUGCCUGAAUAUAUUUAUAUAUGAAACAUAUAGCAGCUUUGUUGAACAGUGUUGUGGACCAAACGAAGCUGCAACAUUGCAAUAGGCACAGACGUUACGUGUCAGGAAAUGAUAGAGUGUCAUAUAAAUUUUGUGUAACUUAGUGUAAAACAAGAAGAAUCCAGCAUCAUGGAUCAGCGGCUGACCAGCGUUAUCAUUCUGGGCCUCGGGUUCAUGCUUUUGUUCACUGCCUUUCAAACGAUGGCGAAUAUUGAACAAACUGUGAUAAACAGUAUCAAAACAGAUGAUCCCACGUUUACCGGAGAUGGAUAUACUAGUUUGGCGGUUAUAUAUGCAUUGCUGUCCAUUUCCAAUUGGAUUACUCCAUCCGUGCUGUCGAAAACUGGACCAAAAAUUGCAAUGUUGCUGGGAGCUCUCACCUACUGCUUUUUCAUCGUGACGUUCCUGUGGCCGCAAACUUUUUUGCUUUAUUUGGCUAGUGGCAUAUUAGGCUGUGGUGCUGCUCUUAUCUGGACUGGCCAAGGAAUGUAUCUUUCGAAGUGCAGUGACGAAACGACUAUUUCCAGAAAUUCGGGAAUUUUCUGGGCAUUGCUUCAAAUGAGCAUGUUCUGCGGAAACCUACUCGUAUUUUUUUUGUUCCAAGGAAAAACGCACAUCGACGAAAGCACACGGACGCUAAUUUUCUCAAUUCUGGGUGGCGUUGCUGUGAUUGGUAUUGUGUUCCUGCUGACGUUAAAAAAUACUUCUACUUUUAAUGUGGGCGCCGACGAAGACGGAAUUCCAGAGAUUAAACAAAGCCCGAAACAAGCAUUUGUGGGAGCGAUGCGCUUGUUCAUGACCAAAAAAAUGCUGCUUCUAAGCGUUUCCUUCGUCUACACAGGAUUAGCAUUGUCAUUUUUUAGUGGCGUGUAUGGAGCAAGUAUUGGGUUCACAAAUGCAAUAGGCAGUUCGGCCAAACAAUUAGUUGGCUUGAAUGGAGUGUUCCUUGGCGUCGGCGAAGUGCUGGGUGGAGUGGCCUUUGGUUUGCUCGGCAAGCGGAGCGCUAAGUGGGGCCGGGAUCCUAUCGUUAUUACUGGUUUCAUCAUACACAUUAUCAGUUAUUUCCUUGUCUUCAUGAAUCUGCCGGAUGUGGCAGUAUUCGGUGACACUGAUGAAGUGGCUUACUUUAAUCCACCCAUCCCGUCGGUGGCCAUGCUAUGUUCGUUUCUUCUUGGGCUUGGCGAUGCUUGUUUCAACACUCAGAUAUAUUCAAUGCUGGGAGGAGUGUUUGCGAAAAACUCUGCAGAAGCAUUUUCCAUAUUCAAAUUCUCUCAGUCUGUCGCAACAGCUUUAAGUUUUGUAUAUUCGACGCAUUUCGGACUACGUGUACAACUCGUAAUUCUAUUAGUUUCUGGAAUAUUAGGUACAAUGAGUUUCUGUUUGGUAGAAUGGUCAGUUAAACGGUCACGUGCCUUAAUAAGUAACGAUUGUGAAACUGUAGAUAAUAAGAAAUAAAACAAGACAAUUUUUACAUUUUA